AUGUAUGCCAUGAUAGAUGAAGAGGAAGGGUAUACCGGUGAUUGGACCAAGGACAAGGAGAUCAUGGUGGAACUGAUGGACCCAAUGAAGAGGAUCCACACCAUGCCUUUGGAGGAAGCCUUGGGAAACCUGGGAUGGGUGAUGGGUUCCUUCAUGGGCUUGUUGAAGAAAUGGCAGCAAACAGAGAAUUCCUGGAAGAGGAGUUCAGAACAAAUAGGAGGCUGA